ACAGACUGUCAAACGUCAAAAAAUGAUUAAUGGUUUGUUUUUGUGAGAGAGCUGGGACAUUUUUGUAUUAAUUCCACGUAAAUACGACGCAUUUAGCGCAAUUUAUCUAAUUAAACAUUACAAAGUUACUUUGUGCAUUACAAUAAAAGUGACAACAACUUCAUUACGGUAGUCCGUACGCGUUACUAUGCCUCAUGAUUUGAAACACCUUGGAGGACGGAAAGCACUAAUGGCUCCGCUAUCCCCGACGCCCUGCGCCGAGAUCAGUGACGACGAGCUGGUGUCCAUCUCCGUGCGGGACCUGAACAGGCAGCUGAAGAUGAGGGGGUUGACGCGCGACCAAAUCGUCCGUAUGAAGCAGCGACGGCGUACGCUGAAGAACCGAGGGUAUGCUGCUUCGUGUAGAAUCAAGCGAAUUGAACAGAAGGAUGAGCUGGAGACUGAGAAGAGCCAGGAGUGGCACGACAUGGAGCUGAUGCAGGAGGACAACAACCGCAUCCGGGAAGAGAUUGAAGCUUUGAGGAGCAAAUAUGAUGCUCUGAAGCGCUUCGCUAUGUUGAAAAGCAUCCCGCUUCCACCAGAACUGGAUGUUAUGCCUUGAUGUUAGAGAUUAUUUGUUUAUUAUAAGGGUUUGCGGUUUUAGUCUAGAUUGUAGUUUUAGACAAUAUACUUAUAUAUUUUGAAUACUGUUAUGAUUAUAACACAGAAUGAUAAACACAUGGCUAUAAUAAUGGAAUAUAUAUAGUUAUCUACAUAUAAGCCAGUGAUUGCCUGUAGGUUGUACUAAUUGUAAACCUAUAUUUCUGGAAAUUAUUAUAGCAAUGCCUUGUAUAUUAAAUUUAAAUUGUGUACCAUACUACAGCAACAUUAAAUAGAUUGCAAAUGCCACCUUGAAGAUUUGUGUACAGUUUAAUCUGGGUUAAUGUUAUGAAACAAUAGUAUGUAUAAUGUCACAAUUAUUACAAAACUAAUAUUACCUCUUAUAAUUUCGUGUAGAAUCACACUUGGAUGAUGUACCUAUGCAGUUUCUUUAUAAUAAUGUAGGUUUUAUACAUAUUCAUAGUGAAAGAUUUGAUUAUAAGCAUAAAACACUGGAGGUAGUGUAGCUUUAUUUAAAAAUAUAAUUUUGUACCUACCUACCUACCACUAUGUAACCAAGGUGUUCUAAGGGAUAUUUAAAUAAGUACUUACUCAUUACUGUAUGUGAUAUCUGAAUAAAAUAUGUAAUGAAAGA